AUGGUUCUGUCAUUCAUCCUCGUGCAGAAUCGCCAGGGUAAGACCCGUCUCGCAAAAUGGUACGCUCCUUACACCGAUGAGGAGAAGGUCAAAUUGAAGGGCGAAGUCCACCGCCUCAUCGCGCCUCGAGAUCAGAAAUACCAAUCCAACUUUGUCGAAUUCCGCAGCGCUCCAUCGUCCUCCGCGUCUGGGGCUAAUUCCUCCUCACACAACCAGCCCCUGGUGCGUCAGAACUUGUCAUCGACCAAGAUAGUCUACCGACGAUAUGCGGGCUUGUUCUUCUGUGUGUGUGUUGAUGCCAACGACAACGAACUCGCCUACCUCGAGGCGAUCCAUUUCUUUGUUGAGGUCCUCGACCAGUUCUUUGGCAACGUCUGCGAGUUGGACUUGGUGUUCAACUUUUACAAAGUCUAUGCGAUUUUAGAUGAAGUGUUCCUCGCGGGUGAGAUUGAGGAGACAAGUAAACAGGUUGUAUUGACGAGGUUGGAGCAUCUGGAUAAACUGGAGUGA